AAGCGCGUGCGUUUCUGUGCGUGUGUUUUGCCUCUUGAGUUCAACAACGUUAUACUGUGAUGUGAUUAAAACAUCUGAGACGCUUUAUCUUCUUCUGUCUGUCUGCGUUUGUUUUUGUUUGUCGAGGUUUUAGACUUUGAAGAGAGAAGAGAGGUUCUGUGGGAUUUCGAAGGAAGCAUGGCUUCAACGGCGUUAUUGAUUGUCGUGUUUGUAUUUGAUCUGAUUGCUUUUGCGCUUGCUGUUGCUGCUGAGCAACGAAGGUCCAGUGCCAAGAUUCAAACUCUAGAAAAUUCCAGCUAUUGUGUAUAUGAUUCUGACAUUGCAACUGGCUUAGGUGCGGGGUCGUUGCUGUUCCUGUUGGCAAGUCAAGUUCUUAUAAUGGGGGUAAGUCGAUGCUUGUGCUGUGGAAAGGCUUUGAGACCCAGCGGUUCUAGGUCAUGGGCAAUCAUGCUCUUCAUCACCAGCUGGGUGUUUUUUCUUAUUGCUGAGGCAUGCCUUCUUGCGGGUUCAGUGAGAAACGCGUACCACACCAAGUAUAGGACUGUGUUUACGAACGAAAAACUAUCGUGUGAGACAUUGAGGAAAGGAAUCUUUGGGGCUGGCGCUGCCUUUGUCGUCUUCACGGGGAUAUUCUCCGAGCUUUAUUAUGUUAGCUAUUCCAGGGCUAACGAACUGGAGACUCCCUAUAGCCGAGACACUGGCGUGAGGAUGCAGAACCUUUAAAAACCAAGUUGAGGGAAGUGAGAGUGAUCUUCUAUUGUCAGAUGUAGUUGGUUGAUUAGCAACUGUAGUGCUCAUCUUAUUAUGUAUGUACUUGACUUAACAGAACGCAUUAUGAUUGAUUAUUUAUGAUUUAUGUAUGAUAUGGAGUUUAAUUGGAUGAGGAUUUUA